GUCCGGUCCCGCCUAUUCUCUGCCCCGGACCUUUAGGCUUCUCUUGGCCCGUUUGAAGACCAGGAAGUUGAUAAGUCGCGAGGCUCGCUGCUGAGAGACGGUGGCUCGGGUGGGACAGUCGCCAGGGAUGGCGGAGCGUAAGGAUGGAGCGAGUGUCCGGACUGCUCUCCUGGACGCUGAGCAGAGUCCUGUGGCUGUCGGGCCUCUUUGAGCGGGGAGCUGCCCGGCAGCCCCGGAUCAUGGAAGAGAAAGCGCUAGAAGUUUAUGAUUUGAUUCGAACUAUCCGGGACCCAGAGAAGCCCAAUACUUUAGAAGAACUGGAAGUGGUAACGGAAAGUUGUGUGGAGGUUCAGGAGAUAAAUGAAGAAGACUAUUUGGUUAUUAUCAGGUUCACGCCAACAGUACCUCAUUGCUCUUUGGCGACUCUUAUUGGGCUGUGCUUAAGAGUUAAACUUCAGCGGUGUUUACCGUUUAAACAUAAGUUGGAAAUCUACAUUUCUGAAGGAACCCACUCAACGGAGGAAGAUAUCAACAAGCAGAUAAAUGACAAAGAACGAGUGGCAGCUGCGAUGGAGAACCCCAAUUUACGGGAAAUCGUGGAACAGUGUGUCCUUGAACCUGACUAAUAGCUGUUUUAAGAGCCAUUGACCUGGAAUCAUUUGAUAUAUUUGUUUAAACUCUUUGUAAAAUGUAAAAGACUCAUGUUUAAUAUGUAGGUGAUUUGUACCUCAGUGCAUUUUUUUAAAGGAUGAUUUCCAAGCAAGAUUUAAUUAUAAGGUAGUACCCAGUUUGUUCAGUGUUUAACAUUCUCAGGAUUUGUAACACUUAAAUGAUCGACAGAAAAAUAUUUUCUAGUAAUUAUGUGUCAGAUGAGUUGCUAUUUUUCUGAUGCCCAUUCUGAUACAACUGCUUUUCAUGUCAAAUAUCUACUGUGCCCAAAUGUAUUCAGUUUAAAUCAUUACUCUGUAAAUAAAUAAAACAGAGAUGAUUCUUGUAUA